AAAGGCUGUUGAACGGCUUCGCUUUUGACAUCUGUGAGUGAUAUUUAAAUCAUGAAGCUUACAGACAGUAGCGUGAUUCGGUUUCACCUUCAAGUCCUUCAUGGGAUAACUGUGAAGAGCUCUGAGAAGAAAAAGGAGAAACUGUUCAUCAGUGGUGCAAAGGUGUUCGGUGUUCCUCUGGAAAAUGUACCCAGGCGAUAUAUUCCUGAGUUUGGACUCGUGCCCUGUUUUUUGGUGGAUGCCUGCUCAUUUCUUCUGGAGCGUGCUGGGACUGUGGGCCUGUUCAGAAAACCAGGCUCUCUGCCUCGCAUUAGAACACUCAGGGCCAAGCUGAACCGUGGAGAGGGGUGUCUAUCCACAGCCCUCCCCUGCGACGUGUCCACGCUCAUCAAACAGUUUUGCAGGGAGCUGCCGGAGCCGUUGUUUCCCUCUGAGCUCCAUGCGGCUCUGCUCAAGGCCCAGGCGCUGUCCAACAUCCAGGACAGGACUUCAGCCCUCCAGCUGCUGUCCUGCCUGUUACCUGCCAGAAACUCCUCCUGCCUGCAUUACCUGUUUAACUUCCUGUCCCGAGUUUCCCAGAGAUGUGCUGAAAACCUGAUGACCAGCUCCAACCUCGCUACAGUCUUUGCCCCGUGUCUUUUGCCUCCUCCUAACAAGACUGAGAUGUCUGAAGGGCGACUUGAACUCAGAGUUCUUGUCCUGCGCACCUUCAUUGAAAAUCCUCACUUGUUCGGUGUGAUUCCCAAGGCUGUAAUGGACAGCACGGAAUUUCUAAUCAACUUCCAUUUUCCAAAACAAGCUCAUUCACAGAAAGGACAAAGAAAGAGACAUAGUUUCAAAGUGAUGCAUUCUGUGAAGACGGUGCCCUGGGUCCACUGGAGGUCAAAGGUCACACCUGCGGUCUCUGAGCAGAGACAAAGGUCCACAUCAGGAGUCAGACCAACCCUCAGGAGGAGUCUUGGUUUGGAGACCUUCCCCAAUGUCCUGCUGUUCAGGACAUGUUUGCCUUGUGCAGAACAAGGUUUCAGACCUGAAGCAGAUUUAUUGGAUGGUUCCAGUCCUGUUAACAAAGAAGCAUGCAAGACACCACAAGGCAGACUAAGAAGAGAUCUGUGUUUGGGUCAUUUACCAGGAUUCAGCAGAGGGCCAGACGCAGACAGCUUGCCUGUGCUCAGUGGCGUGGGGAAACUGCAGCUCACACCCUGGAGGCGACGUUCCACACUCCUUCAUCGAGGUGUCGCGCAGCAGCCAGGUCCCACCAUCAACAUCACGAUGACAGAAAUGGGCUCGGCGGUGCGGUUAUCGUUGCUCGGCCUCCUCCUGUGGCUGCAGCUCGGCAGGGCUCCAGCCCGCAGCCCCCGCACGGCGGACCAGGUGUCCGAAGCCGACAUCCAGCGUCUCCUGCACGGCGUCAUGGAGCAGCUGGGCAUCGCUCGGCCCAGGGUGGAGUAUCCUGCGCAUCAGGCCACCAAUAUCGUCGGGCCUCAGAGCAUUCAGGGUGGUGCACAUGAAGGGCUGCAGCACCUCGGCCCUUAUGGAAACAUCCCAAACAUUGUGGCGGAGUUGACGGGCGACAAUGUUCCCAAAGACUUCAGUGAUGACCACGGAUACCCAGACCCCCCAAACCCCUGUCCCCUGGGAAAGACAGUAGCAGACGGGUGUUUGGAAAACGCUCCGGACACAGCAGAGUUCAGCAGAGAGUUUCAGAAACACCAGCACCUGUUUGACCCAGAGCAUGACUACCCAGCCCUGGCAAAAUGGAACAAGGAGCUUUUGUACCAAAAACUGAAGGGAGGACCGAAAAGAAGAAAAAGGAGCGCCAACCCAUACUUAAUGGGCCAGAGGCUCGACAAUGUGGUCGCCAAGAAAUCUGUGCCUCACUUCUCUGAGGAGGAGGAGGAAGCACCGACAGUCUCUGCUGCCACCAAAUCCACAACCUAAACUCCUGCACCUGUAACACUCGCUGUAAUAUUGAAGUACACUGUCAGAUAAACAUUUUUCACACUACAUAUUUAAGCAAUGUAAUUGCAACUUGACUGAAGGUAGUAUGGAAUAAGAAACAGAGAUUAAAAAAAACCAAUUUGAAAUAUUGUUGUUUUGUAAACACGUUAAUUGGCCCAGAUCUUUAUUACUGAGUACAGCUAUCACGAGUCUUCCCUUGUGGCUCUGGUGUGUGAUACAGACUGAAAAAGGUCUGACAGACCAACUGGUACAGCAUUAACUUCAGUAAGGUGCCAGUUAUCUGUCAUACUGUGUCUGAUUAGAAUAAUCCAAGACUGAGGCCGUUUAUUGGGGAGAAAAAAAAACUAUUCUCAGUUCACUUUUACACUAACUUCUUACUUUUUCUUACGUUAAGGAGAGUAAAAUAGUCUCAUUGCCUUAGAUUCAACCAUUCAACCCACAUUGCUAAAAUAUGUGGUGUUAAAAACAUACCUGACAGUGUAUAUUUACAACUGUAUUAUAAUAAGAAGUUGUAUAAAGAUAUAUUGAUUUGGAGGAAUGUCAAAUCAGAAAGUUCAAAUUAUUAUUGACUGUAAAGAGAUCAGUUUACUCACACUCUGAUUUUGUAUGUCUUGAUAUGAGCAGUUAAUCACCUCUGUGUCUUUAAGCAAAGAUUCAAUACAGAUCUUAUUCCUAGAAGUUGAUUAUAAACAGUAAUAGCUUUGCUUUGCCAUGUAACAGAUGAUUGUGAACGACUUCACUGUAGCAUGGCAAAUAUUUUAGAGAUUGUUCUGACCGGUCUCUUUUCUCCUCGCCAUACUGCGCUGAGUCUCCACAGGCACAGGAAUCUCUCUCAUCUUGCGAAAUAUGUUUGUGUUCUGUUUUUGUUCUGUAAAGUCAAAUAAACGAUUUAUCUGCAUUGACAAAGUUUGGAGGAGGAUUUUUUUUUGUUU